GCAUGGGAGCUGUGUUAAAAUAUUGAGAAAUUAAUGCAGCAGAAAUUAUGAAUGAGAUUUGCAUUAUGCCUCUUAAUAAUGGUGUUUCUCUGCAGUGAAGGAGGAACUUAUCACUAAAAUGGUGGGUAAAAAUGAAAAGCACUAUUUAAUACUGCCUUAUAGAUCUGGAAAACAGUUCAAUUCAUUUUAAUGGAAUAAACCACUAUUGAAAAAAUGCUGAAGCUGCUGUUGCUCUGUCUUAGUUGUACAGUAUUCUGAGAAUUUUAUUUUGUAAAAACGUUGCUAAAUGAGGAAAGUGUGAAAAUGCGCAGUAGUAUAUUUUAUUUUGCCUUUCGAUACUCGAUUUUAAAAUUGAAAUGAAUGUAAUGGAAUUAUAUAAAUUAGAGCAGAUGUAUUUGAUUUCAUGGUUUUUAUUACACUCGUCUGUAUUAUUGCAGAAAGUUAAAGCUGUAUUUCUCAGUUCCUUUUCUGUUCAAACCCAGGAUUGUGACUUUGUAUGAAUAAGAUUAGAUGGUUUUCUGUCGUUUGAUGUGUUGUUUAAUCCACAUAGACGUAUGCAGGGAUUUUUGUAAAGUUAUAUAACAGCUGUAUUCAGAAAGGGAAGGUUGUAUAGCUUGAUGAGUUCGAGCACAAUAACAUAUAUAAGAAGGAAUAAUUUUGUUGAAGGUGAAAUUCCUGGUGAUUAGAGCAGUUUGCUUUCGGAUAAAGAAAAAUUCCACGGCUUUGGAUGAAAAUGCCUUUCUUUCAAAAUGGGAAUGGGAAAUUUGAAAAUUGAUUGGUUCUAGUGUGCUGUAAGUGGGUGGAUGGUUUUGCAACAGGAAGUGAUUUGCAGUGUUCAGUGAGCCUUUUGUUGAAAAGGGUCUUCUCAUUUGUGUGAGUCAUGCUUUUGCUGCGAGCAGCUUGGCAGCUCCAAGCAGGACGGUGAUCUCUGUCUUAGCAAAGUACUACUGUACCAGGCCCUUACCUGUGCACUUUGGAGAUGCAUUUCCGUGGGUAUUUAUUUGCCUGGGUUUAGCAGGUUGCUGUUGGCACUAUGAGAGGUCUGGCAUAGUGGAACAAAUGCAUUCUAAGUUUGCAUCAGAUCUGGAUAUACGUGUACAGAAAACCAUAUAGAAGGGCAUGCUUCACCGUACAAAGUAUAAUCGUUUCAGGAAUGAUUCAGUGACAUCAUUCGAUGAUCUUAUACACAACUUAUCAAUGAACGCCAAGGGCUCGACUGUUACGACGACAGCAACAACAUCUGCUGCAUCUUCAUACCAAGAACCACCAGAGGUGCUCCACAAGGACCAGGAAAAUGGGCCUACGACCCUCUGCAACUUCAUGCAAAAGAUGUCCCAUUUGAAAUUUGCCAGCACGGGCAGCCUGUUGGGCAUCAAAAAUCUGUCUUCUGCAAUGAAAGACCUUGCCUCUUCGAAGCAGCAAGGCUGUUCAAGCACUCCUAGCUCGGUUUCAGCAGCAGUAGACACAUGUAACCCUGUCUCCUCCACUCCGUAUUCUCAGCAGGACGUGAACAAGAUGGGCACGGACAAGAGGACCAAGGUAGAAGAUAUUCACUUGGGUGGAGAGGAUUGGAAUCAUAGUGGAGGCUUUGUUAAUAAACCCUCACGAGGGUGGCUGCACUCGAAUGAGAAAAUCCUGGGACCUGGUGUGACAUAUGUUGUAAAGUAUCUAGGCUGUAUAGAAGUGUUACGGUCAAUGCGUUCCCUUGAUUUCAAUGUAAGGACACAGAUUACAAGGGAAGCUAUUAGUAGAGUGUGUGAAGCUGUACCGGGUAUUAAAGGAGCUUUUCGAAAAAGAAAGCCACCAAGUAAAGCAUUGUCGAGUAUACUUGGUAAGAGUAAUUUGCAGUUUUCUGGAAUGAACAUCACUCUGAAUAUUUCAACGAGUAGCCUCAAUCUAAUGACGCCAGACACAAAGCAGAUUAUAGCAAAUCAUCAUAUGCAGUCCAUUUCCUUUGCAUCUGGUGGUGAUCCGGACACUACAGAUUAUGUUGCAUAUGUGGCAAAGGACCCAGUGAACCGUCGAGCAUGCCAUAUAUUGGAAUGCUGUGACGGGUUGGCUCAAGAUGUUAUCAGUACCAUAGGCCAAGCUUUUGAACUUCGAUUCAAGCAAUAUCUACAGUGUCCCACUAAGAUAUCUAGUAUACAUAGCAGAAUGCCAAAUUUGGAAGAAUCACUAUGGUUUGGUGAAGAUGACAAGGUAACAGAACAUGCCUAUUAUAACAGUAUUCCAGGGAAGGUUCCUCCUCCUGGCAGGUUUAUUGAUGCCCGACUUAGAGAGGUUCAUCAGCCAGGGUUGAAUCAGAUUCUGCCUGCACAUCCUUUUGAUGCUAACCAGCCAGUGUUGACCAUAGGACAAGAUCAAAGCUACUAUCAAGGCCAGCACCUGGGUGAGGAUCACAGUGAAGACUGGAGACAUGCACUCGACAGAUCUGGCUCUUCCGGUGAUUUAUAUGUUCAGCCUGAGAUGAGACUCCACAUACCCAAAAGUGGCGAAGCACCAACAUAUGUUAACACUCAACAUCUAGAUCUGACGCCUCUGGCAACAUUGCAGAUAGAUCCCAGCUCCAGCACAGAGAUCGGCGAGUCAUCAAACAACAGUGAAGAUAGCUCAAUAAAAGAUGUCUUUGAUAUGAAACCAUUUGAACAUGCCUUGAAGUAUCAAAGUUGUGAACAAGUCUCAAUCAAACCAUCACCUGUCCCAAGUGACAAUCCUCAUUUAUCCAAGACAGUCACAGAUGUAAUGAAAGUAUGUCUUGAAGAAGAGCUGUGGUAUCAUGGGGAAAUGAGCAGAAAGGAUGCAGAGCAGCUUCUGUCAACUGAUGGUGAUUUUCUUGUGAGAAAAAGUACAACUAAUCCUGGAUCCUAUGUAUUAACUGGCAUGCAUAAUGGCCAGGCUAAACAUCUUCUCCUGGUAGAUCCCAAUGGAAUUGUUCGGACAAAAGAUCAUGUGUUUGAAAGCAUUAGCCACCUUAUCUACCAUCACCGUGACAACAAUUUGCCAAUAGUCUCAUCUGGAAGUGAACUGUGCCUGAAGCAAUCUGUUGAGAAAACGCAAUGAUUGCAAAAGCCAGUCAUGUGAUUUUAAUGAUCUGGUGAAAAUUCUUAUUCUCUGGCUGUUAUUUAAUGGGAAAAAUGGAGGGAUCUUUAGAUCUUGUGAUAAAUGUUUGAUUUAUGUGAAAUGAUACUGUCUGGUUCAGAGGAAGUGGAUGUUUUACUUGAAUUCAUAUUGCAGAAGAUUGAAUUGGCCAAAAGAUGUGUGAAGGUGUUUUAUGUUUCAACUUGAACCAAUAUAUUUCUAAGAGAUAUCGAAUCCUUUACUAUUGUACAGAUGAAAUGCUGAUAUCUAGCAAUCAUGAUGCAGAAAAUAUAUUUCAUGAUUUUUUUCUUGAUCUCUUCAAAUGGAACAUUUUACAAAAGAAGCACAAUAUUUAAACUGUUUAAAGGAAGACAUAUAACUGAAAUGACUUAAAUGCAGCUACUAUUUUAAGGAACUACAGUCUUUUAGAAAAACAAUCCAAAAGUUAUGUGGUGAUGAACCUGAAAUUGAUGGUGUAGUUUAUUUUGUCCUUACAAAUUGUAAGUGAAAUCCUAUUUAUGUUGUAUUUAUGUGAACGUUAUAUGAAUGUGAUGUUUUUAUCUAAAUAAUUAAGAACACAUGAGAACCAUAAUGACAAAGUGUCUGCCACUGCUAAGUGGUUAUUACAUGGAUUUUUCACUUUGAAUGGUUUUCAUUCAUCUGCAGACUAUUUUAAUUUUUUUGAGGCACCAAAUGCUUUUGCACAGAGAUAGAACUGAUAUUGGUAUGAAACCAACAUAGUGUACAUUUUAAAUACAGCUGACGAUAAAUGAUUCUAUAGUUAAUAUUUUAUUGAUGAGGCAGUUUAUCUGGCAUAUUGUGUAAAUGUAUGCAGAUAACAUGCUGUUUUCUCAGAGAUUUAAACAAUCAGAACUUACCAUAAUAUGAUUGUUAUUUAAAAACAAUUCUUGAAUUUGUAUAAUUACUUUGUUCUGUGAGUUGAAUGAAUAGCUAUGUUACAGUUUUUCUCAUGAUUGUGAACUGUAGGUAACAGAAUAUUUUGAUGUAAUAGAUGCCAAACAAUUUUCAAGAUAAUUGCAUAGCAGCAAAUCGUACUAGCUUAUUAAAGGUUGCAUAAAAUACGCACAAAGCCUGCGGUAGAUUAGUUCUUUAUUUAAAUCAAUUGGAAGGUUAAAACCUUCAGAAAAGUGCUGAAACUAGUGGUUUUUAUUGGUUGAGAUGGCUUUUCUCAUGAUAUUACUAUACCAAAUAAACAGCUACCAAUCAUGGACUCUCUGAUAAGUAGUAGUGGAGAAAUCAUUGACUAAACUGCCAUCAAGCUUAGCACAAACAUGAAGUUAAUGCACAGUUUCCCGCAUAUAUACAAGUUGUCUUUGAGGAAGGACAUUCUUGCUAUUGAGGGAGUGCAGCAUAGGUUCAGAGGUUAAUUCCCGGGGUGGGGGAACUGUCAUAUGUUGAAAGAAUGGAGCGACUGGGCUUGUAUACUCUGGAAUUUAGAUGGGUGAGGGGGAAUAUUCUUAUUGAAACAUAUGUGAUUAUUAAGGGAUUGGACACGCUAGAGUUGUGACUCUGGAAUUCUCUGCCGCAGAAGGCAGUGAAGUCCAAUUCUCUGGAUGCUUUCAAGAGAGAGUUAGAUAGAGCUCUUAAAGAUAGCAGAGUCAAGAGAUAUGGGGAGAAGGCAGGAACGGGGUACUGAUUGUGGAUGAUCAGCCAUGAUCACAGUGAAUGAUGGUGCUGGAUCGAAGGGCCGAAUGGCCUACUCCUGCACCUAUUGUCUAUUGUCUAUUAUUGUCUUCGUAUGUGACUCUUAUAACACUAGUGUUGUGCUAACAGCAUAGAGUUCAUUUUAAUUCAGCAGAUUGAAGGUUAAUAUGACUAUUUUAAGGCAUCUAAAACAGUUGCUGAAGAUAAGAUAAUUUUUUUUCACAGAUUCAUUCAGGCAACACUAAAUUUCUAGCUGUGCUAUGAAAAAUGUGCCUUUUGAUCAGAUAGUAAUGUGUAUCUCAGAGGUAGCUGUUUUGAAUAUAAAUGAAUUGCAACAUUUUUCCCAAACUAUGUUUACAUUUGUAUCUGUUGAUUAUUACAAAAAUUGUAUGACUGUUGGCAAUAAAACAACAAUUAUG